GAUGGCGCUGUGGGGCCUGGCUGACGUUUCCAGGGGAAGGGGCCUUGGGGAAUCCAGGCUCUCUGGCUGUGUGACCCCUCCAAGCUAGCGACUUGGACUACGUGCAACAGACCAGGUAUCUCUGGACUUCAGUUUCUCAGGAGAGACGUCCAUGAGGAGGUCAUGCAUACAAAGCAUUUAGCACAGUGGCAGAUACGAGCCAGUGGGCCUGGAGAAUGAUUUACCAGCGUUGGGGAGGCCUGGCUUCCAGAAAACUAGCUCUGGGGUGUCUAUCAGUGAGGUCCCUGGUGCAAUCUAGGGCCAUCAGAAGGGACUGCAAAGACCCAAGGGCAGAGGUAAAGGGAGAAAAUGGGUCGUGGCCCCAGCCUGACCGAUACUGAACCUCCGGAUUAAUUCAGUUGUCUACAGCUGGGGGGAUGGGGAGGACAGGGGAGUCCUAAGGUGGGAGGGUACAGGUUUAUCAUUGCCACAGAGAGUGCGUGUGGUGAAGGGAUUUAAUUUAAGAUCAGGCCCAGGCUUCUGAGAAUCUGGCCCAGGGAAGCAACGUAAAUACAAGAAAAUCCCUGUGGCCAGGGACUUUGAUCCAAGUGUUUCGAAUCAGGCCCAGGGUCGGGAUCACAGCUAAGCGGUUUACCAACCGGGGACCUGUGCAGGAUACCAUAGAUGUGAGGGGUGGAGACGGCCGCAAGCAGGAGGCCAGAACCAGAAGGAAACGGAAUUUGGGUGGGGGUGGGGAGCUAGGACCUGUCCCCCCGCGAGGGCGUCUUGGGGAUGUGGAACUCGCCCACCCAGAGGAGGUGGCUCUCCCGGGGCGGGCCCCGGAUCCUAGGGGCGCGGGGCUGGCCCCGCUCCCCGCCGGCCUCGCGGCAGCUGGGCUGCCCCCUCGCCGCACGCAGCCCUCCCGGCUCCUCCGCCCGCCCUCGCUCCCGCUGGGCCCCGCAGCCAGAGGAGGGGCGGCCUCCCGCCCCCACCCGCUGGAUCUCAGAGUCGCCGCCCCCGGCGCCGGGCUGCAGCCGCCACGCCCCGGGAGAGGACCGACCGCCCAGACCGCCGGUGCCGGGGCUCCCUGGGCCACGCCGAUCACGGGGAGCCCCCCGACUGCCUCCCAGAGGAAAGUGGGAAAGGGAAGCUUAGCCCGCAGCUGCCGCCUCCGAGCAGCACGCCAGGACUCCGGCUGCUGGAGAUGGGCGCCCGGCUCUCGCGGCGACGGCUGCCGGCGGACCCGUCCCUGGCCCUGGACGCUCUGCCCCCGGAGCUGCUGGUGCAGGUGCUGAGCCACGUGCCGCCACGCGCCUUGGUCACGCGAUGCCGUCCAGUGUGCCGCGCCUGGCGCGACAUAGUGGACGGGCCCACCGUGUGGCUGCUGCAGCUGGCCCGCGACCGCAGCGCCGAGGGCCGCGCACUCUAUGCAGUGGCCCAACGCUGCCUGCCCAGCAACGAAGACAAGGAGGAGUUUCCGCUGUGCGCCCUGGCGCGCUACUGUCUGCGCGCGCCCUUAGGCCGCAAUCUCAUCUUCAACUCCUGCGGAGAGCAGGGCUUCAGAGGCUGGGAGGUGGAGCAUGGCGGGAACGGCUGGGCCAUAGAAAAGAACCUAACACCGGUGCCUGGGGCUGCUUCGCAGACCUGCUUUGUGACAUCUUUUGAAUGGUGCUCCAAGAGGCAGCUUGUGGACCUGGUGAUGGAAGGGGUGUGGCAGGAGCUGCUGGACAGCGCCCAGAUUGAGAUCUGUGUGGCUGACUGGUGGGGCGCUCGGGAGAACUGCGGCUGCGUCUACCAGCUCCGGGUCCGCCUUCUGGACGUGUAUGAAAAGGAAGUGGUCAAGUUCUCAGCCUCACCUGACCCGGUCCUUCAGUGGACUGAGAGGGGCUGCCGACAGGUCUCCCACGUCUUCACCAACUUUGGCAAGGGCAUCCGCUACGUAUCUUUUGAGCAGUACGGGAGAGACGUGAGUUCCUGGGUGGGGCACUAUGGCGCCCUUGUGACCCACUCCAGUGUGAGGGUCAGGAUCCGUCUGUCCUAGCGACUGGACUACCGCCUGACGUUGUCAAGACCAGCCUUGCAGUGGGUGCGGUGGCUCACACCUGUGGAAUCCCAGCACUUCAGGAGGCCGAGGUAGGAGGAUCACUGGAGCUCGGGAGUUCAAGACCAGCCUGGGCAACAUAGUGAGACCCUGUCUCCACAAAUAAUUUUUAAAAAAUUAGCCAGGCAUGGUGGUGCCGCCUGUAGUGCCAGCUACUCAGGAGGCUUGGGUGGGAGGAUUGCCUGAGACCAGGAGGUCGACGCUGCAGUGAGCCGUGAUUUCACCACUGCACUCCAGCCUGGGUGAGAAAGCAAGACCCUGUAUCAAGAAAAAAAAAAGACCAGCCUUGCAGCCAGAAGCCAGAGGAUACCCAGGGACAGUAGGGGUCCCACAUGGCUGGUUCUCAGCACACCUUCCAUGAACCCGCUUGCUGCUGGUGGCCAUCAUGCUGUGUGACAAAUCAGGCUGUUCACAGGCUUCCUCAGCCCCCCCAGAAGAAGGGUGUCAGGAAAGAGACAUUUAGUUCAUUUGCCUGCAAAUUGUCUUCUCCUGCAAGGAUCUCGGUAGACUCAGUCACAAAACAAAGGCUAAACCAGGAUUUGUAAGAGAGGGGGAAGGCCGCUGAUGCAGGGAGCAGAGACCUGCCAGCAUGUUUUGGGGGUAACGAUCGUGGGCAGGGAGCAGAGGUCCGCUGAGGCAGUCCUUGAGACCAACAAAGUCAUCUGCCAUUUGGGGAAUCUCUGGUGUUGGGAACAGGCCCCCAAAUCUGGCCAUAAACUGGUCCCAAAACUGGCCAUAAACAAAAUCUCUGCAGCACUGUGACAUGUUCGUGAUGGUCACAACCGCCAUGCUGAAGAUUGCGGGUUUACUGGAAUGAGGGCAAGGAACACCUGGCCCACCCAGGGCAGAAAACCGCUUAAAGGCGUUCCUGAACCACAAACAAUAGCAUGAGCAAUCUGUGCCUUAAGGACAUGUUCCUGCUGCAGAUAACUAGCCAGACCCAUCCCUUUAUUUCAGCCCAUCCCUUUAUUUCCUGUAAUAAAUGCUUUUAGUUAAUCUAUAAUCUAUAGAAACAAUGCUUACCACUGGCUUGCUGUCAAUAAAUAUGUGGGUAAAUCUCUGUUCGCGGCUCUCAGCUGUGAAGGCUGUGAGACCCCUGAUUUCCCACUCCACACCCUA